AGAAAUCAAGAAAACAUGACAUAACCCUUUCUUUUGGGCCUAAUGAAAAUGAAAUCAAAAUGUUAAAGCAAAUUUUAAUAAAAACAAUUCCUAGGACUUAUGAAUUUGGUGUUACAAACAGUUUAAUAAUUAAAAGGUUUGCGGGCCACUCCAAAUGGGCCAAUAUAAAACAUAUAAAGGGAUUGAAAGAUGCCGAAAGAUCCAAAGUAUUUACGAAAUUAGGAAGGCAAAUUAAAGUUGCUGUAACUGAUGGAGGUUCAACUGAUCCUAAAAAAAAUCUGCUAUUAGCUCAAGUUAUUGAACAAACCAAAAGGGCAAAUAUGCCUGUAGCGACUUUGCAAAGUAUUCUAAAAAGUUGCGAGAAUGAUAAGUCGCAAAAUAAACAAUAUAUGUUAGAAAUUAAGGGUCCUGGAAGUUGUUUUAUACUAUGUGAAGUAUAUACCAAUCAACUUCAUAUUCUUAAACAAAACAUGAGUUCAAUUUUGAGAAAGAACCAAUCAAGAUGGAGUGAUGGUGGAGGCCUACAUCUAUUUCAAGAAAAGGGUCAGAUAGAUACCGAACAUCCUUCUUUAGCUGGCAAAGCAGAAGCAGAAAUUAUAGAACAAGUCACAGAUCAUGCCAUUGAAUCAGGAGCUGAAGAUGUCAAAAUCAUAGAAAAUAAUUUUAUACAAUUCACUUGUGGCAAAACGAACCUAAACCAAGUUGUUCAAGAACUAGAAAAAUUAGGUUAUAAAGUGACCAGUGCUGAAGUGGAAUAUAUACCUCAGAAAUUGCAGAAUUUGCAAGAUGAUGAAUUAGAAGUAUGCAAAAACUUGUAUGAUAAGUUGGAAAGUAUACCAGAGGUUGUAAGACUCGUAGAUAAUAUUGCCUAAAAUUAUUAUUUUUUAAUAUCCAGCUGUACAUUAUGUAAAGUUUUAAUGUUUAUGUUUAUAUAAUUUUAUUUAUUAAAUUAUAUAAAAAGUUAGUUUGGAAUUUACUUUGUUAAGU